CCCCUGUUGACUUCACUCCCGUCCGUGCAGUUGAAAAUAGGUAGUGAGGUUGUGCGUUGAGGAGCGGAGGAGAGAGAAAUGGGGUGGAUUGGAGAAACGAUGGAGUCCAUCAAAUCUCUGCAGAUCAGACAAGUCUUAUCACAAGCAGUUAGUCUCGGUAUGAUCAUUACAUCGGCACUGAUAAUAUGGAAAGGAUUAAUGUGUAUAACUGGUAGUGAAUCGCCUGUUGUUGUUGUGCUUACUGGAAGCAUGGAACCUGGCUUCAAAAGGGGUGACAUUUUGUUCUUGCAUAUGAGCAAGGAUCCAAUCCGUGCAGGAGAAAUUGUUGUGUUUAAUGUUGAUGGACGUGAAAUUCCAAUUGUGCAUCGAGUAAUUCAGGUUCACGAGCGUCAAGAUACUGGAGCAGUUGAUGUCCUUACAAAAGGAGAUAACAAUUUUGGGGAUGACAGAGUUCUGUAUAAUCACGGUCAGCUCUGGCUGCAUCAAGAUCAUAUCAUGGGAAGAGCUGUUGGGUUCUUACCUUACGUUGGUUGGGUGACUAUUAUCAUGACUGAAAAGCCAAUUAUUAAGUAUAUACUAAUUGGUGCGCUGGGAAUUCUGGUCAUAACUUCAAAGGAGUAGUGAAUUUCGUACAAGUCAAUCUGAACGGCAAUCCUUCGAGCUGAUCUAUCUGUCUCCAUUUUUUUAACUGGGACUUAGCGGGAAAGAAAAUAUAUUUCUCAUUGAACAAGAUGUUGCUGUGUGUGUGUCUUUUUUUCUCAUUGAACAAGAAUCGUUCUCAUUCGCAUGUGGGGAGCUGUUGAGACAUCAAUUGCCUCGGUAGCCAUUAGGCAAGGCCCCUUCUUCUCUAGCUGGUGAUUGUUGAAACAACAAUAGAUCUUUGAAUCUUGAUCAAUGGGUUAUUAGUCUAAAGCUAUAACCUCUCCCCCAUCAAAAGAGAGAGGUGAGGAGUUCAAGCACAAGUGCCAAUAUGAGCAAUUUGUGAAAAGCGUGUGAGUACUUUUACUUAACCAAAAAUAUAUAAAAAAUUCCUUGGACGUCCCUUUGGGGGAGAAUCAAAAUCCCCUCCAUUGCACUUUCUUUUUUAUCCAGUAUUUUUUAAAAUUUUACUACUGUAAAUAAAUGGUGAAUACUGCCACUAGGAACGUCACGAAUUGAAAUGGUGAAUUUCACUUCUAUUGGUGGGUAA